AUCACAGUCGUAUUCGGUCAGUUUCGCUUCCUAGCCGUGUUGUCAUGCGACAGCUAAAAAAAAACAUCAUUGCUAAAUUUUCUUUGCUUCCUCCCAUGUCAAUCACGAUGUGAAUUAAUUAAAUUUAUUUAGUGAAUCAAUACCACGCAUUAAUGGCUCAGGAAGAACUAGAACUAGAGCAACUUUAAUAAAUUAUUUGCUUUAUUACCGGCACACGUAUACUUUACUUCUUGUGAAGUGGGCGCAAGUGUCAUCCAAAAUCAUAAGCUAUGUUCUAUCAACUAACAUGCAGUGUUAAAGUGGUUGUCGUGAUAAAAAAAUAAAAAAAUAAAACUGUGGUGUAAACGUACUCCGUACUUCGUGCGUCUGCCUCUUCUACGAAUUUAUUGAAACAAAAAUCGUGUCGAUAACAACGUUACCCAUCAGCUUCAAAUAACAAACCGAUUAAGUGGUUUUGUGUGAGCAUUCGCCAUAUCGAGCAAAGUUGAUUAUGUACAGCCAAAAGCAUUUCAUGUUUUAAGUUAAAAUCAUCAAACAACCAAUGUGGCCAACACACCUGGCUUAUUCCUGUUUGCUUCAGUGAGACGUGAACCAGUUUAAUGUUGUAGCUGACUUGUGGUAUUGGUGAUAGCGUGGCGUUGGCAAUGUAGUGGUUUGGCACUGCCAAAAAGGACGAGUUACAGUCGCGAUAUAGCUUCUGCCUUUGCUCUACCAACUAAAAGUUCACAACUGAACAAUCAAAAUCAUUUGAUUGAGAGUAGAGAAGCGCCACCAUUUUCUUAGUUCCGGUUCUUAGUGGAUGCAUCGCAAAUACUGAUCCGGUAACAAUCAUCGUAUGCGAUAUCUAUGUUUCCGGAAAAGUCACUCAACUGUGUAGCGAGUGGUGUAAUGAACAGGAUGAAGCAAUCGUCGUCUAGCUACUCGUACAUUUGAAUCGAGAUCGACUGCCUUUAAACACUCACGUUCUAUGAUGAACGUACAUACAUUGAAUCUACUACUAUAAAAGAAUUCUACGCUUUGUGUACGCAACGAGAGCAAGAGAGAAGCAUUACUGAACAACGCCCGAAUGCAAUUAGUCGUCGUAUAUGUAGCACGCACCGCUACGGAAUGUUCAGCAGCACGAUGCGGACAAUCUAGCCGACCAAAGACCAAAGGGAAAACGGGAUUUAAUCAGCUUAUCGAGCAAUUGAGCAAUAAAAGCACCAGCAGAGUGUGCGACAAGUGCACGAAGCUACAUUAUCGUGAAGUAGCGAUAGAGCGCCUGCCAGAGUCACAAUCCAGACAAAUACAACGUAACGCGUUUGGCGAACAUACAGACACAAUGGCACUGGUGCGAAGUAAACACAGACGGCACACGGUGCGAAGUACACUGCAACAGACCGUUGGAGUACGCUGUGCAGUAAGCGUACUGCCGAUACUGCUGCUCAUGAUCAGUGGGGUAGCGGAAUGUAGCUAUCAUUCCGGUGUCAGCCCGAUGCCGCACGUACCUGCCGUGCCGAAAGAUCCAAAUUCGCGGUGCGAAGAGAUCACCAUUCCGAUGUGCCGGGGCAUCGGUUAUAAUUUAACCUCGUUUCCGAACGAGAUGAACCACGAAACGCAGGAGGAAGCCGGCCUGGAGGUGCACCAGUUUUGGCCGCUGGUAGAGAUCAAAUGUUCGCCGGAUCUGAAGUUUUUCCUUUGCUCGAUGUACACCCCGAUCUGCAUCGAGGACUACCACAAACCGCUGCCGGUGUGCCGCAGCGUGUGCGAGCGGGCCCGAGCCGGCUGUGCACCGAUUAUGGAGUCGUACAGCUUCAACUGGCCGGAACGGAUGGCUUGCGAAAAUCUGCCCGUAUCGGGCGACAGCGACAACUUGUGCAUGGAGAUGCCGAGAGAGGAAGAGCAUGGCGAAGACCGCGGCGCCGGAGGGUCGUCGGGCGGUGGUAGCGGUAGCUCGGGACACUCUGGCAAGCCGACCCGCAAAUCGCACGGUGGCAGCGGUGGCCAGAGCAGCGGCGGCGGCAAUCAGCAGAACAACAAAUGCAAGGGCAAGAAUUCAAAAAACUGCCAAAAUCCCCCAGGGGAAAGAACAAAAGAGUGCAUGUGCCGGUGCCGGGAGCCACUGGUCACCCUGGGGAGGGAAAGCAGCACCACAACACUACUGCACCAUCACGGCAGCCUAAGCAGCAACCAAAGUGUCGAAAGGGUCGGCGACGUGCAAAACUGCGCGAUCCCGUGUCGGGGGGCGUUCUUCACCCAGGAGGAAAAGGACUUCGCCGGCAUCUGGAUAGCGCUGUGGUCCGGCCUCUGCGGCAUAAGCACUCUAAUGACACUGACCACCUUCCUCAUCGACACCGAAAGGUUCAAGUACCCUGAGAGACCGAUCGUGUUCCUGUCGGCGUGCUACUUCAUCGUUUCCUGUGGCUAUCUCACGCGCAUCUUUCUCGGCCACGACGAAAUUGCGUGCGACGGGAAAUCGAUCAAGUACCCUUCAACGGGACAGAGCUCCUGCACCAUGAUCUUCAUCAUGAUUUACUUCUUCGGCAUGGCCUCCUCGAUCUGGUGGGUGAUCCUGUCGUUCACCUGGUUCCUGGCGGCCGGCCUGAAAUGGGGCAACGAGGCAAUUUCGAAGCAUUCGCAGUACUUCCAUCUUGCCGCAUGGCUCAUUCCGACCGUGCAGACCGUCUCGGUACUGCUGCGGCCCGCCGUCGAUGGUGAUCCCGUGGCGGGGAUUUGCUACGUUGGCAACACGUCCGUCGAAAAUCUGAAGAACUUUGUGCUUGCCCCGCUCUUUAUGUAUCUCGUCGUCGGCACCACCUUCCUGAUGGCCGGGUUUGUAUCACUGUUCCGCAUCCGGUCCGUGAUCAAGCAGCAGGGCGGUAUCGGUGCUGGCUCGAAGGCAGACAAACUCGAGAAGCUGAUGAUUCGGAUAGGCAUCUUCAGCGUGCUAUACACCGUACCGGCAACGAUCGUCAUCGGCUGCCAUCUGUACGAGGCGUCUUACUUCGAGGACUGGAUGACGGGCCUAACUUGUCCGUGCAAGGUAGCGCCCGGGCUGCGGCAGAAGCCGCUCUACUCGGUGCUCAUGCUGAAGUACUUUAUGGCACUGGCCGUCGGCAUCACGUCGGGCGUUUGGAUCUGGUCCGGAAAGACGGUCGAUUCGUGGCGGCGGCUCUGGAGAAGACUGUUCGGUUCGCCGGAUCCUACCGGUGCAGGACAGGUGCUUAUUAAGCCACGGCCACCACUGCCCCAACCGUACGCCACGUCCGGCAUCGGUGUACCUGGAUCGGCGGCAGCUUCCCUGCUGGCCACCCCGUACACGCAAACCGUAGGCAGUGUGGCUUCCACCAGCCACCACCACCUUCACCAUCACGUUCUCAAGCAGGCACCGUUGAGUCACGUAUGACCUGGAGAUAUCGGCGGCGCAUCUACUUUAACUGCCGGAUCCGGAUCGGUCGUAGAUCCGCGCGCCGUCUCAGUCGUUGUUACGCUGCCCGGUCCGCAACCGGGACAAGCUCUCAGCGAUUAUGGUCCGAUAUAGUUGACCGUUCGACCAGAUGCGGCAACUCGAAGAAUACCACCCAGCAAUCUAAGUGAACUGUGAAACCCGUAUCGGCUCUCAUCCCUUCCAUUUUCACCGAUUCGCUGCUGGAAGGCGAAACCGUUUGCUCCCAGGGAUAGUAGUCCAGGAAGGCGGCGAGAAGGAACGUUUUCGUCCUACGUGGCCAGCAAGCUGGUGGUGAUGGUGGCAAACGUUAGCAAUGGAGCCGACCGGGUGUGAAAUGGAGCGUGAAAGCAAUUCUUAAUAGUAUUAAAAUCAACUCAACUCAAAUCGAUACUACUUCUAUUCUCGUGCAUACAAGGCACGAGCCAGACUAAAAUGCUAUCACUGACGAUCACAACACCAUAAGCUAUCAUUACGCUCUAUCUACCUUAUCCGUAAUCGUGCGCAUCAUGCCCCCAUACACAUGCAUAACCUACAUUUAAAGCUCCUUAUGAAUAACUUAUCCGACAGGCAGGCAUAUUGUAAGGACAGUUCAAGCUAGCGGCUCUCUUUCUAGUCGAUGAUGAGGAUAGUAGUGGAAUAGUGUUUUAGAGAUGGUAAAUAGAUGCAUUGUUCGUGGAGAUGUAUGGAGUUGCGGAUGUUUGUAAGUUAUAUUUUAUACAUAGAGCUAAACACCCCAGCAAACGUAAGCAGAGGAACGUAACAAAACAGUGCGAUAAUAUUGUACAUGGGGAAGAAUGUCUACGGUGUGCGAUUGAUUCGCAGCGAACAAAGUAAGAGGGAAACAGCACACAACAGAAGGAAACACAAUUGACAAUACCUUUUCUCAUUCCUAUGCCGAUGAAAUAACUCAAAAAAAAAAAUACAACAAAUGCAAAUCCCCCGUUUACACAACAUGCAUGUGUAAGAAGCCAAGGCAACGUUUUAUACCACUGCCGCCAAUAUUUAGUUUCGUUCAGACACUCGAACACCUUGCACCACCAAGGAGGACAUUAUUGGUGUGUCGCAGAGUGCCGCUUCUAGCAGCGACGACGACGAGCAACUAACUACCGGUGAACCCUCUCUUUCUAAAAUGGUGCAUUUUGAUGAAACUUUUAUACGUAAUUAGAAUUAAUUUUAAAUGCUUUUCAAAAUUGAGCAACUUAUAUACCCCAUCGUAGAUUGGAAAUAAUUAAUCAAUCCCCCCUCCCCAACCUCCUUUUUCGGCCCACAUAAUCGCCGAUCAAUUAUAUGCAGCAUAUUUGCAAAUUAUCAGCAUCCCAUUUAGAGUAUCUACUCUGUGUUUUCGUAGAGUGUAAAUCAUCCAGCAGUCAUCAAUGCAUUCAAUUCAAUUGCUAGAACUGGUUUGCACACGAACGCUGCAAACCCAAAAAAGAAAACGCUUCAAAAUCAUUAUACCGCUUCGAAUUUCCCGUUUCCUCUGUAUCGGUGUGAGAAUUAGCCGUAGCCGGUGUUGUACAGUUUGCAAAAGUAUAUCUGCACGCUAUCGUUUUGUUUACGUUUGUUUUUGUUUCGUUUGUAGUGGGAUUUAGUUGCUUCAUGUAUGUGUGUGUAUGUUUUUUUUUAACUUUCUCCACAUUCAUUUGCCAAUUUUCAUACUCGUCCAGUGCAAGUUUCUCUCAGAUUGCCAUAUAAAAGUCACACCCUCGGCAACCUUUGCUCCCCCUUUUUUUAGCGAAGGGUUGCAAGUGACGGUUAAGAAUUACGGUUAGAUUUUAAGUUAAGCAGAGGUUGUAUCACCUGCUAGCGGUGUGCUGAUACUGGUCGGGCACACGACAUUAUCCAGUGUCCUCGCCCAUGUUUUCUAUUAGUUUGUUUUAUGUUGCAUUAUUUUUGAGUUACACUUUUUUGUUACCUUUUAUUUCCUUUUUCCGAUUACCCGUCGUACUACAAAUCAGUGUUGUGUCCUGCUUUGUUUCAAUGCAAUGCUUAACAAUAGAAUAGACACCGGUUCGCAUCCAGCUUCCUACGGUUCACAGCAACCAGCCGGCAAUUGUUGGCUUCGGGAAGUAAAUCGGUUAAAGUGUACAUAUCAACCAACUGCAAGGGCGCGUAUACAUUCAUGCAUUUUUGUAUCUCGUUGUCCCCCUCACCCCCUUCCCCUCAAAUCUUUAGUUUCAUAGCCAGGAAGUAGGGCAAAGGGAUAUUUAAACAUAAACGGCCGAGAAAUGAGAAAAUUAAGUGUAAAUGUUUUGUAAUUUAUUGUCAUCGUUGUUGGAUGCCCAUCAUUGGGGGAGAUGUGGUAUCGAUCGUGUUCGAUUCGUGUUAAUACCUCGAGCGCUCGAAGAUCGCUUACCGAGCAAUCUCAGCGCGUAGGCUCCACGACACGACAAGUGUAAUCGCUUUUGUACAGUACAGUGUAUAGAUAUUUAGACGUGUAAGCUAAACGAAACGAAGGCAGAACAAUAAGGUGUGAACGGAAACAAACAAAAACACAUCACAUGGACGACCGGGGGAGGCCGUAUUAGUAUCGUGCAGAAAGAACCAAAAUAAUGACACCUUUUUCCAAUGCAGCUAAAUAAACGGACUUCACAACUGUUUCCUUAAGAUCGGUGACAAAAAACAAACCCCUAAUCACAAAUGAUAACUUGACAAAAAGCAAUGGAAAACAACUUAUCUAUCGAUCGAUUGUGUGGAAAAAUUAUUCGGCAAAUUUAUUUCCUCAACCACAACAGCCAAACUGUUAACGUAGGUGCAGAAUGGGCUUAGCGCGUGUAGUAGAACAGGGAAAACCAAAGGCAUCUAAGGCUCUCCUUUUUUUAUUUAAUCCCUGCAACAGCAGCUCUGUCCAAACUGUGCCGCCUGGCAGCUAGGGAAAGAAGAGGAAAGAACACACAUUAACAGUGAUCAUGCACAAUACAAUGAAUGGGACGAGAAUAUCUAAUAAGAAGGGAUAUUGUUUUGCGCGAAAAGGUUCAACAAACGUUAGGACACGGAAGAAGAAGAAGAAGAAGAAACAUUUACAAAUAAAGGAAAUUUUUUAAAAAUAUCUGGUUUUAACAGAUACAUAGACUGUAUACGAAUAUUGUUCAUUUACUGCGUUGACGAAAAAAAGUAAACCGUGCGAUCGCCAACGGCAGCUACACUUUACAGGGUCACCGAAAUCAAACGAACGGAUCCUUAUGUUUGCACCUCUGUGUUUGACGAUACACUUGCAAGCAAUGCCAAGUGUUAUAUUUUGUUCUCUAACAGUCUUGUCAAAUUCGUUUGGUUUCGGGGACAAAUGUUGAAGGCGUUACUGCUGUAUACACACAUACACACACACAAAUACCGUAACAGCGUCCAAUCAAAGAACGAGCGAAACCCAGGACAGUGGCCCAGGCAUGUGUCGCAUAUGAGGUAGUCGUAAAUCAAACACACAAAAUAACAAUUGUUUAUGGGUGUUAGGAUUAUUUGCCAUUCUACGGCAAAACGGGGCCCCGACGCAGGCACGUGCGAGAAACUUAUAAAUAUUAGGCGUUUAGAUAAAAAAAAAAACUAGCCUGCGUCACACAGAAUACAAUCCUUUUUUGUAGGCUGAGAAACAAGUAUAUAGAGACAGCAGCAGGGGGUGAAGAGUGAAUAAAUGAUAAGUCAAGAAGUGCACACAAAACAGAACAAGAAAAUUGAAAAAAAAAAACGCGCAGUAAAAGCUACUAUUGUAAGA